CGUGUACCCGAUGAGGCUGAGCGCAAUCCACAUGUUGGCGGCGUCCGCUGCCCCCGUGAGGGCUUUUGUUGCGUCUGCCGCGCCCUCCGUGGCGCGCUUUGCGGGGGGCUCCUCCGGUAUCUUCUCCGGGGCUCGACAAGGUUUGCGCGGCGCGGUGCUGGCCUCCAAGGCCAGGCCGGUCUCAAGGACGAUGCGCAUGGCCAACUCCCAGCGCCUCGGCGACCCCAUUGGACAAAUGAUGGACAAGACCGACGUCUUCAUCUUCGACUGUGACGGCGUGAUCUGGAAGGGCGACAGCCUCAUCGAAGGCGUACCGUCCGUCCUUGACCGUCUACGACAGGCUGGAAAACGGAUAUUCUUCGUGACGAACAACUCUACCAAGAGCCGCAAGGGAUACAAGUCCAAGUUCGACUCCCUCGGGUUGAGCGUGGAGCCUGAGGAGAUUUUCUCAUCGAGUUUUGCGGCCGCGGCAUACCUAGAACAGACGAGAUUUAAGGACACCGGGAAAAAGGUGUACAUCGUGGGUGAAGUGGGCAUCGAGGAGGAGCUAGACCUCAUCGGCGUGCCUCACUUCGGGGGACCCUCGGACGGGAGUAAGGGGGUCGAGCUCAAGCCGGGCUUCGCCCUCCCGCACGACGAAAACGUUGGAGCCGUGGUCGUCGGGUUCGACAGGAUGAUCAACUAUUACAAGAUUCAAUACGCCCAGCUGUGCAUCAACGAGAACCCCGGGUGCGAGUUUAUCGCCACCAACACGGACGCGGUCACCCACCUCACCGACGCGCAGGAGUGGGCUGGGAACGGCGCGAUGGUCGGAGCAAUCAAGGGGUGCACCGGGGUGGAGCCGACGAUCGUGGGCAAGCCUGGUCCCCUCAUGAUCGACUACAUCAUCCAGAAGUACAACGUUGAGAGGUCGCGCAUUUGCAUGGUCGGCGACCGCUUGGACACCGACGUGCUUUUCGGAGCCAACAAUGGCCUGAUGAGCAUCCUCACAUUGAGCGGCGUAACGACCGAGGAGAAGCUGCUUAGCCCCGAGAACAAGAUCAACCCUGACUACUACGUAAACAGCAUCAACGACUUCUUCCCUUUCUACACGUAGACACGCGGGGUUGCACUCAUUGGUUGACGUUUCGUGUGAACACGGAACGGCUGCAAGAGAGACAAAGCAUGCCCUCCUGUUUCGCGUCGAAGGCGGUGCUUCUUCCCUCGUCGGACCAGAUGAGACGUACGUAUCCCGUCUCUAAAAGGCAUGAAUAGCAAAGAUACGCUGAGGAUUUGACGAUUUUUACCGCGAUGUUUUUUCUAGGUUUUGCACGCUGCCUAGGUGUGGUGUUGUGGUAUGGAUAUGUACCAUCCUGCAUUCGGGACGACGUUUUCACGGGAUUAUAGAAGGCGAAGUAGAUCAUUCCGGUGACCGGGAGUGUUGAUGUUUUUAGUCCACCGGAUGCCAGACAGAUUUGUUGUUCUUACAACUGUAUCGGCCCGUUAUGGUAAGAAACUUAUCCGCCGCUGAGCUGUGUGUUCACCCCCAAUGUUGAAUGUUCGGGGAAACUUUAAGGCUUAGUUUCUAGCGGGCCGGUACUACUGCUGUAAUGCUGCGCUCGUUCUGGCACAUGGUUCACCUGUUGCUGCGAAGAGAGACGAAGAUAGAUAGGUGUCACGAGUUCAAAUGAUGCAGAUAGAGUUAAUAUAUGACGAGAUGUUGAUAUUUGGCAGCCUACUGAUACUGUAGUCGGUGUGAUGGGUUGACCGCGACGAAAUUGAUGCGUCCAAUCAUUCCCACGAAAGACUUUUCUUCUCUACCGGUAGGUCUUGCUUUGCGGGGCGAACACUGCUGUUGUAAUGGUUGAACGGUAGCAGAUAGAUACCGAGAGGAGAGUGUUUUUCGUGUCUUUUUGCAGUCCGAUGGUGCUGCAGAUGAUUUUGAAUUUCGCGCAUUCGGGCAUCCUUUUCACCAACGCGUUCAACAACUCCGAU